AUGUCUACUUCUACCGGAAAAACAAUUUCACUUCCUACAAUCAAAGAAGUUGAAGGAUAUAAGACAACGGAGGAUUUUCUAGAAUUUUUACGCAAGCAAGACUUAGGACUGGAUGAUGAUGAUUUCAAUAUUCUUCGAAAACAAAAAGUUAAUGGUCGGAAUUUCCUUAGGUUGAAUGUGGAUAAGCUUAUAGCUAACCCUUACAAUCUUCCUGGUGGACCAGCCGAAACCAUUGCUGAACUUAUUGAGAAAAUCAAGGGCGAAGGACAGG